ACCAUGAUGAAGACGGAGCCGCGGGGGCCCGGGGGUCCCCUCCGGAGCGCCUCCCCGCACCGCAGCGCCUACGAGGCGGGCAUCCAGGCGCUGAAGCCGCCCGAGGCGCCUGGGCCCGACGAAGCACCCAAGACGGCCCAUCACAAGAAAUAUGGCUCCAACGUCCAUCGCAUCAAAAGUAUGUUCCUGCAGAUGGGCACGACGGCCGGGCCGCCGGGCGAGGCGGGCGGCGGCGCGGGCCCGGCCGAGGCCCCGAGGGUGCCGGAGCGCGGCGUGCGCCUGUCGCUGCCGCGGGCCAGCAGCCUCAACGAGAACGUGGACCACAGCGCCCUGCUCAAGCUGGGCACCAGCGUGUCGGAGCGCGUGAGCCGUUUCGACUCCAAGCCCGCGCCCUCGGCGCAGCCCGCGCCGCCGCCACACCCGCCGUCCCGGCUGCAGGAGACGCGGAAGCUGUUCGAGCGGAGCGUGCCCGCCGUCGCCGGCGGAGACAAGGAGGCCGCAGCGCGGCGGCUGCUCCGGCAGGAGCGCGCCGGCCUGCAGGACCGGAAGCUGGACGUCGUGGUGCGCUUCAACGGCAGCACCGAGGCGCUGGACAAGCUGGACGCCGACGCCGUGUCGCCGACGGUGAGCCAGCUGAGCGCCGUCUUUGAGAAGGCCGACUUGAGGACGGGCCUGCACCGCGGGCCCGGGCCCCCCAGGGCCUCGGGCGCUCCGCAGGUCCACUCGAAGCUGGUCAGUAAGCGGUCCCGAGUGUUCCAGCCGCCGCCGCCGCCGCCCGCGCCGUCGGGGGAUGCCCCCGCCGAGAGGGAGCGUGGCCCUGGAGGGCAGCCGCCUUCGCAGCACCGGGUGGCCCCCGCGCGGCCGCCCCCCAAGCCCCGGGAGGUGCGCAAGAUUAAACCCGUGGAGGUGGAGGAGAGCGGGGAGUCGGAGGCCGAGGCGGCGCCUGGGGAAGUGAUCCAGGCCGAGGUGACUGUCCACGCAGCCCUGGAGAAUGGGAGCGCAGUGGCAGCCGCAGCCAGCCCCGCGCCCGAGGAGAAGGCCCAGGCGGCUCCGGAGGAGGAGGAGGAGGCGGCGGUAGUGGCUGUGACCGUGACCGAUAAAGGGGUGGGCAAUGGCCGGGCGCUGGACUUGGCCCCCGAGGAGGCCGAUGAGUCCAAGAAGGAGGACUUCUCAGAAGCGGACUUGGUGGAUGUGAGCGCUUACAGUGGGUUGGGGGAGGACUCUGGGGGCAGCGCCCUGGAGGAGGAGGACGAUGAGGACGAGGACGAAGAGGAUGGGGAGCCCCCUUACGAGCCCGAGUCGGGGUGCAUGGAAAUCCCGGGACUCUCUGAGGAAGAGGACCCGGCCCCCAGCCGGAAGAUCCAUUUCAGCACUGCACCCAUCCAAGUGUUCAGCACCUACUCCAAUGAGGAUUAUGAUCGUCGCAAUGAGGAUGUGGAUCCCAUGGCAGCCUCUGCUGAGUAUGAGCUAGAGAAGCGGGUGGAGAGGUUGGAGCUAUUCCCUGUGGAGCUGGAGAAAGACUCCGAGGGCCUGGGCAUCAGCAUCAUCGGCAUGGGGGCCGGGGCAGACAUGGGUCUGGAGAAGCUGGGCAUCUUCGUCAAGACUGUGACCGAGGGUGGUGCGGCCCACCGGGAUGGCAGGAUCCAGGUGAACGACCUCUUGGUAGAGGUGGAUGGGACGAGUCUGGUGGGAGUGACUCAGAGCUUUGCAGCUUCCGUGCUUAGGAACACCAAGGGCCGGGUUCGGUUUAUGAUUGGCCGGGAGCGACCCGGAGAGCAGAGUGAAGUGGCCCAGCUAAUUCAGCAGACCCUGGAACAGGAGCGAUGGCAGCGGGAGAUGAUGGAGCAGAGAUAUUCCCAGUACGGGGAGGAUGACGAGGAGACGGGAGAGUAUGCCACAGAUGAGGAUGAGGAGCUGAGUCCCACGUUCCCGGGUGGUGAGAUGGCCAUCGAGGUGUUCGAGCUAGCGGAGAACGAGGAUGCACUGUCCCCUGUGGACAUGGAGCCUGAGAAGCUGGUGCACAAGUUCAAGGAGCUCCAGAUCAAACAUGCUGUGACGGAGGCAGAGAUCCAGCAACUGAAAAGAAAGCUGCAGAGUCUCGAGCAGGAGAAGGGGAGGUGGCGGCUGGAGAAGGCCCAGCUGGAGCAGAGUGUGGAAGAGAACAAGGAGCGCAUGGAGAAGCUGGAGGGCUACUGGGGGGAGGCCCAGAGCCUGUGCCAGGCUGUGGAUGAGCACCUGCGGGAGACCCAGGCUCAGUAUCAGGCCCUGGAGCGCAAGUACAGCAAGGCCAAGCGCCUCAUCAAGGACUACCAGCAGAAGGAGAUCGAGUUCCUGAAAAAGGAGACUGCACAGCGUCGGGUUCUAGAGGAGUCAGAGUUGGCUAGGAAGGAGGAGAUGGACAAGCUCCUGGACAAGAUCUCAGAACUGGAAGGAAACCUGCAAACACUGAGGAAUUCCAAUUCUACUUAACAGGAAUCAUUCCCUGACUGGACAAUAAUUAAUCCUUUUCCCAUGUCCUCUCUCCCCUGUCCUCAAUACUCUGCCCCGCCCCCUACCAGCCUGGGGACAGGUGCCCCAACUCCCAACCCCUCCACCCCACCUCCUCCAGCUUCAGGGACCAGAGGACCUACACCACAGGUCCCCUUAAGGUGGUUUGGGCAGACAGAGGUGGCUGGAAGGGCAGCCUCCCCUGCCACAUGGGGCUGAGGCACCAGAGGCUGUGGGAUCCUGAGGGUUGGCCUGGGUGGUAGAUGGACACAAGAACCUGCAGAACCAAACUGCCAGAUUUUACAACCUCCAGCCUUUUGUCUCUGGACUGGAAUGGGGCUGGGGACUUUUCCAGCAUCUUGACAACUGGAGGCUGCUCCCUGCCCACUGGGCUCCUGGGCCUCUUGACUUGAGACUCUACCUUCUUGGCCGUCCCCUCACCCCAUCAUUGUGCUGUCUCGAUUGCAUUCUGACCCUUCUGCUUGGGGGGGUGGCCUCAACACCCCCUCUUGUCUCUAUUCCCCCUCCUAGGAGGGCAUAGGUCCACCUCAGAGCCAGGAGGCUGGGCCUGGGCCCUGCACUGAUUUCUCACUUAUCCUUCAGGGACAGGAGAGUGAGAGUAGGAAAAAAGGGAGAGUCCAGGCCACCUGGUUCGCAGCUCCCCCUUUCCUGGGGCUGUAGCCCUUGUGCCUCCCCUCCCCAGGUGCCAAAUAGCCAUAACCUCAUUCUGGAAUUGUUCUGUGGCCUCUCUCAGGUCCAGGUUCCCUGACCAGCCCUGGAAAUGCCAGGGAGAAGAGGGGUCAGCUUGGGGGCCUGGCUGCAGGGACACUGGUCUUAGCAAGGGGACCUUUUCUCACUGGAGAGCCAGUUUCUGCCUUGCCAAGGGAGACACCUGGAAACCUUGUACUAACAUGGCAGAGAUUCAGCCUCACCCCCCAUUCCCACCUGACCUGUUUUCCAAUGUUUGACUGGAGAGUGAAAUUUUACUACUCACAUUUUUGGAGACCAGGGCUGCCCUGUUGACAGCCUGCUUUCUAAGUGAACUCCACUCUUUUCACCCAUUUUAACCCCAAAUUGGGGCUUGGACCAAGGGAGGUGAGACCCUUCCCCCAGGUUCCCUCCCCUCUAAAAUAUCUCAUUUUACCCCAUCCUCCUGCCUCAAGCCUGGAAUUUUGUUCGUUUUUUUAAAAACAGACAAUUCCCAUCUCAUCUGUUCUGACGUCCCUGACCCCUGUAAAUAGACCAUCCAUUGAUCAGUAUUUCUUGCUCCUCCCCAGCCCCACUUCUUGCCCCUGAUGUACUCCCCACCCCCUGAAGAGCUGGCUGUCUCAGUGCCCGCCCCCGCCCCACCCCUGCACUUCACCUUCAUCCCUGCCGAUGGAGGGGGCGGGGCUAGGAGGGCGGGGCCAAGGGCGCUUCCGGUCUCGGGCCAGGAGGCGCCCCUGCCCCGCCCUCCGAGGGACCCGCGCGUCUCUGUAUAUAAUAUAUAUAUGUAUGUAUUGUUCCCGGUUUUGUACGGACCAUGCCCUCUGUCAGGUCGUCCCCAUAAAAGCAGCCCCCAGA